UUAUGGGGAAAGAGAAGGAACAUUACUGCUUUCUUAGGAAAAGAAAAGCUAGAAUUGAGAUUUUAUAGUUUAUUAGCAAUCUAUCUUUUGUAUUCCCUUCUUCCCCAGCCAAGAAAAUCAAUACCUAGCAAAGAUAACUGGUACAGAGGAUAGAUGGGUUCAACCUGAAUCUUUCCUCAUAGAAGGAAGGUGGGAAGAAAACAAAACUAGACAGAAAGGGGAUAAGAAGCAGAUGUGAGCAAUAAAGGAGUAAUAACCAGGCAAAGAAAGGGGAGAGAAGAUAUGAGACUAAAAAUAAGCUUAAAAAAUAAACUUUGAAAGAGGAAACUGGGGCAAUUUAGUUCAUUUAGGUAGUGUCUUUUUCCUCAUAGUCCUUAGGUCAAGGAAUGUGAGAUGGCCCAGGAUUUUGAAAGAAGUCAGAAAGUAGAUACUACAUGAAUUGGAAGAAAUAGAAGCUCAGCACCAUGGGCAACCAUCUCCCAUUUACGACUUUCUCCAUUCUGGUGUAUCUCUCCCAGCUUCCUUGGAUGACAUGUGAAGAGAACUGUGUGAAUUCUGAGCACUGUCUGACCACCGACUGGGUCCAUCUCUGGUACAUCUGGCUAUUGGUGGUGAUUGGUGGGCUUUUCCUUUUGUGUGGACUGACCUCAGUCUGUCUCCGCUGUUGCAUCAGUCGACAGCAGACAGGAGAAGAGGUGGGCCCCCCACCAUACGAAGUGACGGUCAUUGCUUUUGACCAUGACAGCACCCUUCAAAGCACCAUUACUUCUCUUCAAUCAGUCUUUGGACCAGCAGCCCGCAGGAUUUUUGCAGUAGCUCACUCUCACAACCCUGUGCAGAUACCUUCUUUGUCCUCGACCCUGGAAACGCCCCCAGGCUAUGAGGAAGCUCUGCACAUGAGCCGCUUCACAGUGUCCAGAUGUGGGCAGAAAGCUCCUGAUCUGGCUCCAGUACCUGAAGAGAAGCAACUGCCCCAUGGGGAGAAGGACGUUCCCCAACAACAUGUGGAGGACACCUCCACUUAACAAUCUUCUGGGCUAGGAGAACCAGGCACAGCACUUGAAACACUCUUGUCUCACAUGGAGUCCCUAGGACAGCUAUUCUGGGUUCAAGGUAGUCUGUGAGUCUGUAGCCACUCAAAACUCUAACUCUUGAGCCUCUUUCAAUAUGUUUACUUCUUUCUCUAGUCAGCCAGAAGACACAAUUUGUUCAAAACAAAGGCAUUUAAUGAAAUAAUGUAGUCAUAAAAAUCAAAAUAGAACAUUCCUUCCCAUAAAUCUGGAGAAUACUCUCCCACAAAGAUACACACUGGUGUGGUGGUGGGAAAUGGGCAUAAGAGGGGCACACACUUGGAGAAAGUGUUUCUAAGAAUCACAUGUGAAGGACCAAAUCACCUUCAGAGCUUCAGGAUCACAAGUGUCUUCUAAUUAAGUCAUCCUGUUUUUCUCAUUGCUCUUGUUCCUUGAUUGCUCCUCCCUGUAUUGAAUUUCCACUGGGUGUAUUUUUCUGCUAGUUCCUGAUAGUUUUGCAAAGACUUAUGAACAUGUAGUCCCACAUGGGAACUGUUUUUCUGCUAUCCAUUGAGCUAAUGUUAACUUCUGGGUAUAAUAAUCUGGGCAGGACAUUCUCCCUGUUCCCAGUUUCUAGGUUUCUUUUAGGUUGCUUGAUGGUCAUCUCUACUCUUACUUAUGAUGUAGUGGCUUGAAUCUCUCCCUACUAAGAGCAUAGCGAAUGAACUUUUAGUCAAAGCCAUCACAUUCUACUAGCAAAAGGCAAAGAGAGGGCUUCUAGAAUUAUUAAGUCUUUUUUCUUUUUUAAAAAUUUAUUUUAUUUUAAUUUAUGGAAUAAAACAAGCAUUUCCAUAACAAAAUAUAAUAAAGUUGAUUGCACAUGAAACUGCAAAAUUUUUUUAUGUACAACUUGCUAUUCCCUUUAAAUAUAUAAUAAAGUUAUCAGGUAAAUUUC